AUGUCAAUUCCAAAAACUUUAAAUAUUCUAGUUUUUGUUAUCAUCGUUUUAGAAUGUGUUAAUUGCAUGGACGAAAUUGAAGAGGUGCCUGAAGAAGUACCUUUACCCGACAAGCCUUCUUCGAAAAAAUCUCCUAAAGUAGGAGGUUCAAGUAAAGCCAGUCAACAUCAUUCAGGCCUUAGAGUUGAAGUGCCUGAAGAAGUACAAGUACCACUCUUGCAGAACAAACCUUCGAAAAAAUUUCUGAGAAAAACUCAGUCAAGUGUAGCAGAAGGCAAAGAACAAAUGUCAAGCCCUAAAAGUGAUCCUCAUCUUUUACGAACACAAUCGGAACCAAAACCUCACGACUACAUGUCUUUAAACUCUCCCCACUCUCCAUUAAACAAAUCUCCUUUAAAGCGACAUGCUAGCGAAAGUUCAACAAAAAUUGGAUAUUUAGCUGCUCAAUGUGGGAAUUGCUUGAAUGAUGUUGUAAAUUGCUACGAAACAUGUGUUGGGAAAGGAAAGCCGGAAGGUUAUACAAGUGAGGGAGAAGUAGAGAAGAAACUUGAAGAAAAAAAGAAUGUUUAUUAUAUCCCCUAAAAAUUUUUUUGAAGAAAUUUUGAGGAGGGAGGGAUAGUUGAAACGAGAAUGAGAGAGAGAUGAGAGAAAACACACAACCUUUAUCUGUCUUUAUUUAAAUUUUUU